AUGAUCCUCCCACUCCUGGCCCUGUUCCGUCUUGAGUCACUCCCCAAGCCCUCCAUCAGUGCCUGGCCCAGCUCCGUGGUCCCUGCCAAGAGUAAUGUGACACUGCAAUGCAAUCCUCCCACGGAGGUCAAGUUCAGGGAGGUCAACUUUGCUUUCAGAAGGCAAGGAGAUAUCAUAGACUCCCCGCCAUCUCCUGGUUCCCCAGAGGGCCUGGUGGAAUUUCAGCUCACUGACCUACAACACAGUAACUCUGGAGAGUACACCUGUGACUACCACAGAAAAGUGAGCCCCACGAGGAGGUCACCAACCAGUGAUGCCCUUCUACUACUGGUGACAGGGUUUCAACAUAAACCUUCCCUGCAAGCCCUCCAAGGUGGUAAGGUGUCCGCAGGAGAAAAUGUGACUCUGCAGUGCCAGAAGCCUGACCACGUGACUGAGUCUAACAUGUUUGCUCUACUGAAGAAAGGAAUUUCAAUGCCCAUAAAGCACCAGAGUCCAGUAGGAAAGGAGACAGCCUUUGUCCUUCGAAAUGUGACAGUCGGUGACACUGGGGACUACAGCUGUGUGUACUACCAAACAAAGCCUCCUUUCUGGGCCUCGGAGCCCAGUGAUCACCUUGAGAUCUGGGUGAUAGAGCUAGGGAAGCCUGCAUGUAGUACCAGCCACACUCCUCUACUCACAGAUGAAACGGAGUCUCCCAAGAGAACAGGAGCAACAGUAGGGACCACUGAAAUCAUCCUCACUGUCACCUUCACCUUACUCUUCUUCCUCGCAGUCUUCCUCAUCUGCAAAUACACCUGCUGCGGGGCAGCUCUUAACAAGAUGACCAAAAGCUCCCGUUCCUCUAAGAAAGCUGAAGAAGUGGUGACAGGUGCACCUCCAGCUAUGAAGGGCUGCUCUCCUGCCCUGGAUGAGGGAACUCAGGAGCCAAGAGCUGAAGAACCUCAGGGAGGGACGUACGCUGAACUGAACCCCAGAGCCCUGAGCAAGGGCCCUUCCAGCCAGGUAAAGCAGCCUCUGGAAACCUGCGUGUACUCAGUCCUGAAGAUAAAGACAUAGCCAGGAGAAGAUCUGGAUCUGGGAAGAACCUCCAACAAGGGGAUAGUCCCACUCUUGGGGGACUAGGCAAAUGGGGAUACCUUUCCUCAAAGCUCUAAUUUAGACUUGUUUCCUUCUAAAUAAUUUUUUUUUUAAGUGA